UGAGAAUUUUAGCUUUCUAAAGACUUGGGUUUUUAUGAAUUUUUUUUUAUUUGAUUUGGAAUUUCUGUUAUUUGAUUAUUUGGGUUUUAUUUUAUAUUUGUUUGUUUGGUUUGAAAAUUGAAAUUUCUGCUAUUAGAUUAUUUGGGUUUUUUUAAUUUUUGUAAAUGUUGGUUUUGGUUUGGUGAGAAGAUGCAACGACGGUAAAAAAAAUUUAGCCUUUUUUUUUUUUUUUUUCUCUCUUGGGUGGGUUUGAGCGUUUGUAUCUGCUGAAAUCAAGGAGAGAAUAUUGUGGGAGUAGUGAGAAUAGCUCAAAGUUUUCUAUAAAUAGGGAAAGACGGGUUUUUUGGAUGAAAAGAGGAAGUGGGUCUUGUUCUUUUUGGGUUGUUUUGAUCGUUGAUAGAGGAAUUUGGUUUUUUUCCUUUCGGUUUUGUGGUUGUUGAUUGUGGGAGAGAUGUGUAUGCAAUCAGUGGUACUGAUGAAAGAUGUUAGAUUUUAAUGCUUCUUUGAUUGGGAUUCUUUUGUCUAUGAUUUUCAUUUGUUUCGGUGUGGGUUUGAUAUCCUAAGUACUAGAGUUUGAAUGAGAAGAAAUAAAGAAGCUGCCUUUGUCAGACAGAUUCCCAUUUUCAUCUUACUCAUUGAUAUAGCAAUUUUCGCAUGGAUGAAUACACUGGUAAAAGAGCUGCUGGUGGUCUCAGCGUUGCUAGAAGGGGGCCUGCCCUCUCUUUUAGAGAUUCAAACCACGAGGAUAGAACUGUUCAGUACUGUAACCGAAUAGGAUGCAGCACCAGACUAAAUUCCAUGAAAGGUGCUCAAGUGGGUAACCCUGAAAGGACCAGAUAUUCAAGGCAUUCAUUUCGUUCAUCGUGCAGCAAGGCCAAUAUUGGAAGCUCAUCCAAACCAUUUGCUGGCGUUAGCGGCGACCUUAGAAAGCCUCAUCAGGAGCAACAAAACGCAACAGCCAAAGAAACGGUUCUCGCUGAAAGCAGCAGCAGAGACAGUGAGGCAGAAGAUUCCGAAUCCAUUCCGCUUCCCGCAGCUACUGGAAUUCAAACAGGGCAGCCUGAACCUGAAGAUGCCAAAGAUGCAGUUCCCCAUGGAAUUUCUGUAAAUACAGCGGAGGAAGUGGGUCUCUACACUGUAUCAUCAUCAAAUACAAGGCCUCGGAGGCAGGUCUAUCAACGGUCAGGAUCAGGCACUCAGGAUAUUCCUUUGGGUCUCUCUGUCCGUCGUUCUUUCUCAUCCAGACACACCAUACAGGCUGCAAAAUCCACCCUUGAAAGCCAGGGUGCUGACGUGAAUAGAUACGGUCUCAGAAAUCUUGGCUGCGCAUCAAUAUCUGAUGUUCUUCCUUCAGGUUGCUCAUCAGAUUCUGGACGUGGUAGGCGGGCAGAUGCUACAAAAAAGAGAUGCCCUCCUGAUGGAGAGAGUUCUUCAGCUAGAGGAAAGAGCAUGAGUGGGCCUACUGCCGGGGGAAGUUCGAGUUCGCAGAGAAGUGGUCUCACCAGCUCAAAUAUUUCUUUUAUUGACCGUUCGGUGUCCCAACCUGCUUCGAGAAGGGCUAGAAAUUGGUCGCCAGGCAGUAGUAGUGUUGCCUCAGUUAGAACACAUAGGACGAUUAGUGGAGACACCAGAUCAAGGCUUUCCGAGGCUGUCAUUGCAAAUGGUCUACCAAUACCUGAGCCCAUUGUGAUUCCUCAAUUGCUCCCACAGACGGAAUUUUCAAACAGUGAAUCUGCUCCAGGCAGUUCAUCACGGUCGAUCCCGACAGAACCUCCCUCUAUUUGUGAGAUCUCUUAUGGACAACCAAGUUCUAGCAGUGGGACAUUGCGGGUUAGGCCAAUCAUUCGUUCUGAAGAUAGCAACACACGCCCAUUUCACAGUCUCUCGGUUGAUCGAGAUGGCUUCCGACGUUUUCACAUGGAAGGAAUAGCAGAGGUGUUAUUGGCACUAGAGAGGAUAGAACAAGAUGAAGAGUUAACCUAUGAGCAAUUAAUGGUACUGGAGUCGAACUUGUUCUUGGGUGGCCUUAGCUUUCACGAUCAGCAUAGAGAUAUGAGAUUGGAUAUUGAUCAUAUGUCAUACGAGGAAUUGUUAGCACUGGAGGAGAAAAUGGGCACCGUCAGCACAGCCCUGACCGAAGAAGCACUGUCUAGCUGUCUAAAGAGAAGCUGCUAUGUGCCUCCUGCUCCUACCCUCUCUGGGAUUGUGGGCCAUGGAAAUGAUGAUAUCAAGUGCAGUAUUUGUCAGGAAGAGUACGUGGCGGAAGAUGAGGUGGGCAAGCUGGGGUGCGAACAUGGAUACCACAUGGUCUGCAUUCAUCAGUGGCUUCGGCAGAAGAACUGGUGUCCGAUCUGCAAAGCUCCGGCAUCACCCCCUUCUUAAACCAACGGCUGGUGGAGCCUGGCAUAUUCUGUACAAAUCAUGUCCACAAUGGCGGCAUGUGUUCUCUCUCCCUCGCGUCUCUUUGUACAUAGCAUAACGUUGUUCUUCUUCGCAUAUGAAAUAAACCACAACCACAGCUGUAAGAACCUUUGUAAUGCUUUGUUCUUAUUUCAAACAGUGGAAAAACACAAUUUUACAUUUGAAGAUCCUUCAAUGAAAUGAAUUCUUCAUAAAA